AUGGUCCGAACUAGUGUUCUUAGCGAUGCUUUGAAGAGCAUCAACAACGCCGAGAAACAGGGCAAGCGCCAAGUCAUCCUUCGCCCUUCCUCCAAGGUCAUUGUCAAGUUCCUUGAGCUCAUGCGGCGACAUGGCUACGUCUCGGAGUUUGAAGAGGUGGAUGAUCACCGUGGAGGCAAGAUUGUCGUCCAACUCACCGGCCGUCUGAACAAGUGUGGCGUCAUCAGCCCUCGUUUCAACGUUCGCCUGGGAGACCUUGAGAAGUGGGUUGUUCGACUUCUCCCUGCCCGCCAGUUCGGUCACCUCGUCCUCACCACUUCCGCUGGUAUCAUGGACCAUGACCAGGCUCGUCGCAAGCACGUCUCUGGCAAGAUCAUCGGUUACUUUUACUAG